AUGGAAAAGGGAAGUUUCCUUCGCCUCGCCGGCGACUUGAUUGGCAAGUCGUACGCCGACAUUGCAGAUGAGGCAAACCAUCCUGUUAAGUGCUCUAAAUAUAGUGGUGUCCAGCGUAUAUUUGAAAAACCAGCCGUUGCCCCCGUUUGCUGCGUUUGCUACGCGCAGGCUCGCCACUCUCGCGCCCAGCAAUUUCGAAAACUUCUUGAGCAGCGGCGCCUCCCAGAGGAGCCGUGGGGGGAUUUAGCGGUCACUCUCUUUCUGGAGGAGCUUGCGAACGCUGACAGCAACAACCACCUUGGGAAUGUCGGCGUCGGCGAACGCGAAGGGCGCAUCUUCAGUCGGCUCGUGGCGCAGAGACACUUCAACUUCGCCCAUGGCAUUGGCAGGUCAGGGGAUAUCGCAGCUCUCCAGCCGAAGGCGGCGGGAUCGUCGCUGCUCUUUGCGCUCGCGAGGCGCCUCGCGCUUGACGCCCUGCACAUCUGCGGAGUCAAGGCGGCGCGCGCGGCUCUGCCUGUUCCUUUCGCCACAGGGCUGUCUCUCACCCUGUGCUUCUCAUCACUUCGGAGCGUACGCCCUGCGUCGGCUCGGUUCAUCAUUUUCUCUCGAAUCGACCAAAAAGCUUGUCUCAAAUCCAUCUACUCCGCAGGAUUUCAAGCUGAGGUGGUUGAGAUGAUUCGGGCGCCCGGGAGCUUUGCACUUCAGACGGAUCUCGCCGCGAUCGCCGCCGCCAUCGACAGACUCAAACCGGAAAACGUACUUUGUGUGCUUAGCACCACUUCGACUUUCGCGCCUCGGGAACCGGACCAGGUUGACGCCAUCGCUCGACUCUGCCAGGAAAAAGGCGUCGCACAUGUGAUCAACAAUGCAUACGGCCUGCAGUGCACCAAGUGUUGUCACCUUGUCGACCAGGCAAUUCGAACAGGCCGCGUAGAUGCCUUUGUUCAAUCAACAGACAAAAACUUCCUUACCCCUGUAGGAGGGGCGAUCAUCGCCAGCGGAGACCCCUCAAGCAUCCAAAAAAUCGCGGCAACCUAUCCGGGGCGAGCAGGAAGCGGUCCCAUCCUCGACUUGUUCAUCACGCUACUUCAAAUGGGUAACUCACCUCCUGUCUCUUUUCUUAUUCUCAAGUCCACCGUCUGUUUCGUUCCUCUAGGCCAAGCUGGUCUCAGGCAGCUGUUGGAAGAACGCCGAGAGCUCUACCGCUGGUUCAGGAGUGAACUGGAGAAAGUCUGUGACCAGAUAGGAAGCCGCAUCUUGCUGACGCCGAAUAAUCGGAUUUCCAUUGCUCUCGAUCUCUCUUUCCUGGCUGAGGCGACGCGAAAUGAGAUAUCACGAGGGCGAGAGACACGAGACGAAUCACCCGGGAAGCGCACGGAGGCCACGGACGAGGAAGCGAGAGAGGAGGAAGACCGUCUGUUAACGUUCUUCGGCUCCGCACUCUUCAAACGGAGGUGCUCUGGCCUUCGCGUGGUCCCAUGUUACUCCCCAGAGUCGUCUUCUUCCUCUCCUGCAUCUGCCCCAAAGUCACGGACUCUCCCAGCAACUCCGUCGAGUGCGUCUCCACCUGCGGAUUGUUCUUCUUCUACUUCUUCUUCUACUUCUUCUGCGCCCUCUUCCUCUUCACUGGGAGGCGAGGGACGAGCCUGUGCGAGCGCGUCAGAAUCAAUUGAAAGGAAUGCGGGGAAGGCGGAUCGGCAAACCUCAGAAGAAGGGUUACUGGCAUGUCCUUUUAAACUUGAAGACCAGCAGGCUCGCAAGGCUUGGCGCGGCAAUCAGAAGACGAUCUGCGGUCACACGUUUUCCAACUACGGCAGCCACUGCGAGAAUUUCCCUGUCCCGUAUUGCACGGUGGCUGUUGCGAUCGGAGCAAAGAAGCAAGAGCUCGAAGACUUCCUGCCUCGCUUCCUGCGGGUUGUCGAAGAAAUAAAGAAGAAGGCGAGAGCUGGGACAAAGUAA